GUUGGGUUGGAGUACCGCUAAUCAUACUGAUGUGUCUCGCUGCCGCCUUCAGUGGCAAGGUGUUGGGAGACUGCUGGACCAUGGUGGAAAGUCGGAAUCCAAACAUGAGGACCAGGAAACGUAAUCCAUACGCUAUUAUCGCAAGCGAAGCUUUGGGAUCGAUGUGGAGCGUGGUGGUAUCUCUUGCACUGGUGGUGACACAGUUUGGAAUGUCCGUUGUGUACCUGCUGCUAGCAGCUCAAAUUAUCGAACAGAUCUUCCUGUCCUUGAUGCCGAAUGUCACCAUUUGUAUAUGGUAUCUGGUGGUCGCGGCUGGCGUGUCGCCCCUACUUCUGUUCGGAACUCCCAGGGAUUUCUCGAUGUUGGGCUUCGUGGCUUUCGUGUCGACCGUGGUUGCCUGCUUGCUGUACUUCAUCCAGAUGAUGAACGACAUCAAACCCUUCGUGUUCCGCUGGGGAAUCCACGGAUUCACUGACUUCUUCUUAGCGUUCGGUACCAUCAUGUUCGCUUUCGGCGGCGCGUCGUCUUUCCCGACCAUCCAGAACGACAUGACCGACCGCUCCAAGUUUAACACUAGUCUCAAAUACAGUUUCGCAGCCAUUUUGGCUCUUUACUUGCCAAUCACUAUCGCCGGCUACGCAGUGUACGGUGAGGCCGUAGCACCCAACGUGUCAGCCUCGCUGUCCGCCACGCCCCUCACGCUGGUCGGUAAUGUCCUAAUGACCGUCCACUUGCUGGCCGCUUUUAUUAUCUUGGUUAAUCCAGUCUGCCAAGAAUUGGAGGAGCUUUACAAUGUGCCAGCAGAGUCAGUCGGCUACCGGACGCUAGUGCGUCUUUCUAUAAUCGGUGGUAUCCUAUUUAUCGGUGAAAGCAUCCCUCGUUUCUACACAAUCCUGGCGUUAGUCGGUGGAACCACGAUCGCUUUACUGACCUUCGUGUUACCUUCUUAUUGCUACUUGAGCCUCUUGAGCAAGGGACCGGCUGAAGGACAACCGCCUUUCGCGUCCUCUAACUGGACCAAGCUGUUCUGCUGGGAGGUGAUCGUGGUGGGUGUCGUGGGUGGUGCUUUCGCCACUUACAGUGCUCUCAGCGCCAUCUUCAGUACCGCACAAGCCGUGCCCUGCUACCUACGAUAA